UCUUCUGAGCCAAAAAAAUGUUGACCUUUUUAUGAUAUGCUUACGACCCAGUAUAAAACUCACUUUUUCCUAGUAAUACUACACAGCAAUUUAUACAGUAAACAUUAAUGAACUUUGCAAUCUGUUUGCGUAAAUAUACCUAUAAUACAAAGAACAUUGCUUUAAAAGCACGGCAACUUUCGGAUUUUUGUUUUCCAGUUAACUUUUUUUAAUACAUUUGAUCAAUCAUGCAUUAAUUUAGCUGAUAUAGGGCAAGUUUUCAAAAUAAGCCAUUAUAAAAAGUUGUUUGUUUGCCUAAUAAUAGGCAUAUAAUAAUUUCUAAAGCGCACUAAUGCCACUUCCAUUGAUUGCCUGUGCUUGAUUAUACACAUUAUAGUCUGAUGAAAGGAUAAGAGAUGCAAAAACCGAUAAUCGAAUGGUUGGCUUCCUGAUGGCAAUACCGAUAGUUCAAACAAUAUUCCACGGAACACGAAGUUUUUUGUAACUUGGCUCAGUUCAGAAAACGCUCUAUCUGUAUCCAGGCAAAACGUGCUCGAGCCCUCUAGGUAUUCGGCUGUAAAUAUAAUGAUAAUUCCGCAAAUUAAAGUUAACUAUAAGGUACUAUUUAUUUGUGGUUUGGCUGGCAUCCUGCUGAUGGUAAUAGGAAUUUAUGCAGGGUUUUACUUGGCGCCCAGUAUUGUGAAUAACAAGAUAUUAGAAACAAAAGUACUUCGAGAAGGUACCGAGCAAUGGAGCAAUUUCAUGAAGGUUCCAUUUCCAUUCCAAUUCAAAGUGUACCUUUUCACCGUACAAAACGUGGAAGCGGUUCAAGCUGGGGCCAAGCCCUUGGUACAAGAGCAAGGCCCUUAUGUGUACCAGUUAACCAGAUGGAAAGAUCAAGUGGCGUGGAACCAUUCCACCGACGAAAUUUCUUACCACGAAUACGAGGAAUAUAAGUUUGAUGCAGAGUCAUCAGGGGGGCUGAGCGAACAGGAUGUAGUCACCGUUCUGAAUCCUGCAUUUUUGAGCUUUUUAUACACCGCGGAAAUGGAUCCAGCCACCAGGGACUUUCUGCCACUAAUAGACGAGUCUCUGGACGCGAUCUUCGGCAGCUACAACAGUCCUUUUUUCACCAAUAUCACUGUCCGGGAGUUUCUGUUUGAGGGACUGCGAAUAUGCAGAAAUGGGUGCUCUGAUGAUGGUUUCGUGGCUAAAAUGGCCUGCAACAAAAUUAAGGAGCGAAUGGCCGAUACCAAGCAAAUGAGAGCCGAUGGGGAUGAUAUUUUAUAUGCAUCGUUUCACUAUAGGAACAACAGCCAUCAGGGAUACAUCACAGUGGCUGCUGGACAGAAGAAUGCGACAAUUGGGGAAAUUACCCAACUGGACCACCAGACCACGCUCAAUGUCUGGUCGAAGGACCAAUUUCAAUGCAAUCGGGUGUCUGGAUUAACCACAGUGUUUCCCACUGGCGUCGGGGUCGACACCACGUUUCAGUCGUUUUCUGAAGACAUUUGCAGGACGGUUUCCUUCGAGUAUUCCAGGCGGGACAUGGUGGGCUUGAUUAAGGGCAACAGGUAUGAGGCGUUGAAAAGUACGUUUAACACGUCCAAAAACGCAUGCUUCUGCACCGACCACACUCGGAACUUCGAUGGCGACGUGGGCUGUUUGUAUGAUGGUGUUUUGGACCUCACAACAUGUCAAGGCGCCCCUGUCCUGGUGUCUUUUCCCCAUUUGCUGUACGCCGACUCAAGGUAUCUGGACAAGGUGGCAGGCUUGAACCCUGACCCGUCGAAGCAUGCCAUGUUUGUUACUUUGGAACCAACUAGCGGAACUCCGUUGAAGGUGGCCAAAAGAGUGCAAUUCAACCUGCUGCUGAGGUCAGUCCGGAAUAUUACGAGCUUGGAAGCUGUAGGGAAGUCGAUUGUGCCCAUGUUUUGGAUCGAGGAGUCGACGACUUUGCCGGAAAAGUACCAGGACGUUAUUAAAAACAAAAUAUACCGCACUCUGCUCAUUCUGGACAUAGUCAGAUACGCAGUUCUUGCCUUGGCUCUUACGGUUAUUGUUUGUUGCAUCGUAUUGUUCAUUUAUGCCACGUAAAAAAUUGUCAUUAACUUU